AUGUUAUGGUUUCAAGUAUUAACAGAGGAAAACUUAGAUGGAUACUGCGAAAAGCAUUCUUGUGGUUUCCGAAAAUACAUCUUCAGGUUCGAGUCAUGCGACGUUGUGUGCCUCGAUGGCAUAGAUCCGUACCAUAUUCAACCUCAUGUUCAAGUGGUGACCUUGUUUGAUGUUAACGGUCUUUACAUAGAAGAAAUCUCUAAUAUUUUUUAUUGUUCCCAAAUUCAAAAUAAUGGUUUCGUUGGAGAGAAGGGGCUGAUAGCGUUGAGGCCAUGGCGGGGAUGUGUAAGAUCUAAAGAAGGUUGUACUAAACAUGUCCGUUGCACUUCCAAGUUCUGCUCUUUCACAUGCAAGGUGGAACAUGUUUUGGAGCAUGAAGGUGAUUUGUCUAGCAUCACUAGAAAUUGUUCAGUGGAUGAUUCAAGAUCAAAGAUAUCCGAACAUGUUGGUGAUCUAUCGCUCCAUCCAUGUGGUGAUCCAGAGAAAAUCUUUCCACUCAAGAAGAGGUCUGGAAGACGAAUAGAGUUUUAUGACAGUGACGAAUUCGAAGAAACCUUUGCAUACAGACCUCGAAGGAGAGCCUGAUCGAGACUAGUCUUAGGAUCUGGUGAUGACUAGAAUGCGCAAAGAUGAAGUUAAAAUGCUGGUUAUAGAAAAUGUUUUGGGAUCCUUUUGGAAAUUUUCGUUCGGUUUUAAUACUUUCUUUGGCUCUUUUGUUUGAG